GCUCUGGAGAGCUGAACUCAAAGAUGGACAUUUCAUGGGAGCAAAGUCUAGUCAAGCCGGAAGGGAAAAUAAGCAGUAAGAACAUUUUAGCAAUGACCCAAAGAAAUGGAUCCUCUAAUACCAAUUCCCCAUUCAGCAGAAAGGUGGACUAUGCGACUUUCCGUGGCACGCUGAUUUUUCUUUCCACACCUCGCACCACUGUGCCGCUAGGAAAAACAAAUUUUGCUUCCCUGCCGGAGGCUUUAAAAUAAACGAGGAAAAAAGACUCGCGGAGGCGCUUUACUCUUGCUUACGAACGCCUUGGCUUCUGUAAGCGAAGACCGACAUCAAGCCGGAAGCCAGGAGGCGUGUUACUCCAUUAUUCUCCCGCUACGAGGCCCAUGAUGGGUCUCUCAGGAAACAGAGGAGGGAUCCUGGCGCUGGGAGGAGAAAGAUGGCAGAGACGGAGGCUCAGUUGCUUCUGGGUGUAGGCUUGAUUGUGAACAUCUUUCCACCAUAGAAAAAGAUACCAAUGGAGAUGCUCUGUGGGUUUGGUGUUACCCUUUCACAACGACUGCAUUCAGAGACCUCUUAUUGAGAAAAUGCUGCCUUACAGAUGAGAACAAACAGCUUCACACUUUCCUAUUUGGUCAGUACAAACUAACAUGGUUUUACAUUACAACCAUGGAAAUUCCAGAGGCUUCUACCUUGAAAAGGGUGACCCACUUUUCCAUAGUUCUGACAACUAAAGACUUCAAUCCGGAAAAGUAUGCAGCCUUUUCUAGGAUUCUCUGUAGAAUAUACCUGAAAUAUGGGACUCCUGUAAAAAUGAUGGAGAGUUACAUUUCUGUCCUUACAAAGGGGAUUUGUCAGAGUGAAGAAAAUGGUUCUUUCCUAAGCAAAGAUUUUGAUAUCAGAAAAGCUUAUCUUGCAGGCUCAGUCAAAGAUAUAGUGUUUCAGUUUGGAAUGGAAACAGUCAUCCUGUAUACUGCACUCAUGUUAAAGAAAAGAAUUGUAGUAUAUCACCCAAGAAUAGAAACUAUCCUCGAAUUUACAAGAGCAUUACCAGCCUUAGUGUGGCAUCGACAAGAUUGGUCAAUUCUUCAUUCAUACAUACAUCUGAAUGAAGAUGAAUUAGAAGCAUUAAAAAUGUGUCCAGGAUACAUUGCUGGAUGUAUAGAUUCAGAAGUGAACAACAGGAUAGAUCUUUAUGAUGUAUAUGUCAACCUGGCUGAAAGUGAAAUCACCAUUUCACACCAAGCAAAAGAGGCAAUGAUAAUGGGAAAAUUGCAUAAAGAACUUGGUCAGCUAAUUGUUCAGUCUGCAGAAGAUCCAGAGAAAUCAAACAGUCAAGUUAUAAAGGAUGUUUCAUUGAAGACAAAGGAAAUCUUGACAAAUCUGGCUUCAUUCACAGAAGUCAUUCAUGAUGGUGAGAAGCCAUCACUUAACUUAGAAGCACUGAAACAAAAGCGAUUCCCACCAGCAACGGAAAAUUUCCUUUAUCAUUUGGCAGCUGCUGAACAAAUGCUUAAAAUCUGAUGUUGUAAAUAAACUUCAGUGGAAUACUUAAAAACAAAAUCUUCUUUACUAUAAUGCUUUUGUAAAGAAUUCUGUGGAAGAUUUUUUUUAAUAUACAUUUCUGGAGAGGAUAAACAAUGAUACAGACUUGAAAUUACAUCAGUUUGCAUAAAACAUUGACUAUAUAUAGUAUACCAUUGUCAGUUCUUCCUACAAAAGGCUUGAAGCCAUGAUAGUUUGAGCUUAAGAUAAAAUAGUAUUUGCCAAGCCGAAUCAGCAGCCUAAUGGAAAUCAGUAAUCAAAUCGUUAAUGACAUCAACAUUCUUAGACAUACACGAAUUAAAUAAGCCUUCAAUUUGGCACAUCCAAGUACUGUAUCUUGGAAACACAACCCUCAGGAUUCCUAACAGACUGCCCCUAUUCCAAUUAGUCUUAGCACAUCCAUAAUGUUGUGACCUACACUCACUUUGGCAUAAAAGACACACUUAGUCUUAAACAAACCUGUUUUAUUAGAACAGCUGGGAAUUACUUCAUUCCCAGCUUAGUCCAAAUUAAUUCCAAAACAAGUCCUUCAGAAAAAGUCCUUCGGCUUAUCACAAACCUUUAUCUAUUUUGGCACCCUGCUAAAGGCUUUUCUUGGCAAAACCCCGGAACACCAACUCAAAACAAAUGUAGCAACGUUGCUUUCGUACAAAAAGCCCAAGAGCCGUUGCUGCUCUUUUAAGCCUUAUGGGAGGGGCCAAUUGUUUCCUGGCCUUACUCCCGAGUCGUCCUUUUUACUUUAGCUGCUCUUGCUUUCUGGCAACUCUUCGCAUGUGUGCACUAGGAACAGACUCCUGUUCCUCUGCCUCUGGAGACUCCGGAGUCCAUGCAUUGCUCCCAGAUGGCCCUGGCCCCAUCUCUGCCUCUGACGCAGAACCCUCGUCUGGGCCUUCCCCUGACUAUAGGACUGGCCCAUUAUCCUCCCAAGCCUUCUCACUGUCCAACUUCGCUGCUAGCUCGACAGGCUGCUGGUGGACCACAACACAUAAUUUGCAAAGAGGCUGAAAGUUAGAGCUUCAGUUACAUCAACUAAUACUCUGAACCUAAGAGUCUAUGGAGAUUCUCAGUCAUCCAGAUCAUGGUUGUCCCGAAAGUGCUUUUUCAAGAGGCAACUGAACUUUCUGGUUUUUCUUUGAAGGUAUUUCUGAAGAGCUGAAGAAGCUUCUUGGAUGAGAAGCAAAAUAUCUUCAAAGAAAAACCAUAAAGUCCAAAGUUGCCUCUUGAAAAAGCACCUUUGGGUCUGAACCUAAGAGUUGUAUAUGCAAUGUAACUUCCCAGAAGCAAUCUGUGGAUGUUUGACAGAUUAUAUCUAUUGGCUACACUGCCAAAUAUUCAAUGUGCCUGCUAGCCAGAUCUCACUUAGGUGGAUUUUGGGUUUUUAGAAUAAGAAUAUGUACAAGUUUUUGUGAUGAUGAAUCCUGAUUGAGUUUGGGAGCCGUUUACUUAUAAAACAGUCCUAUUGAAUAGGGCAAAUAUAUAUAUUAAUAUAUCCAGUAGCUGCUCUUUUUAGGAAGACAGCUAUAAAAUUCUUUUUCCUCCUCAUUCAAGGGACCAGGAGGUUUACCGUAAUUCUUUCCUCCUGUUUUUCUUAAGCUACUCACCUCGUGGGUUGUAAGAUAUCAGCAUGUAUCUGAUAUUUUCCAGAAUGAAUAUAGGACUGGAUUUUUUUAUUACUCAACUUUGCCUUUCCCUUCAAUAGCCAUUGACAUUUGGCUGUAUACAUUUUUGUGAGGAGGUUUAGUUUGUUAAUUCAAAACUAUUAUAAAACUAAGAGGUCUGUAAAAAAAUUAAUAAAACUAAAAAAUCCGUUAACAGUGGAGCCUAUGCAGUAGCACUUUGCUUUUAGAAUUAUGAUUCUUGCUUUCACAAAUAUAUACCCUUGCAUGUGAUUGUAGGCUUUUUUAAAUUAAAAACUUAUUUCUACUAAUAUUUUAUGAAAUACUGUUUAUCUAUGAUCAAUGAUGUAUACUAGCAAUAUUGAGAAUCUUGUUUUUGAUUUAUGAUUUGCAUAUAUGUAAUACAGGAGAAUGUGCAAUUAUGCUAAACAAAUCUAAAUUAGGAUAUGAAUAUGACCAGAGCACCUCCUAUAUUCAAGAAUGUACCACUCGCUUUUGUACAAAAAUAUAUGAUGAUUUAAAAAUUUAAAAACCAA